AUGGGCGUUCAAAGGGCUCUGCCUAAUGGUAUCUCGCAGAGAUACUCAGACCGAAUGUCUGAAUUGUUUUCAUCGGGCUCGCCUGAGGCGAGCAAUAUGUGCAGUCCACUCACAAUCGCUGGCUCUGUCGACGAACAGUCCAACGACGAAGGCGGUACUAGUUCAAUGGAUGAAUGCAGUGAUGAAGAUGAUGCCCAUGGACAACGCGCGGUUGAAACUAGUAGUGUGGUGGAGUAUGGAAACCAAUUUGUGAAGCCUCCAAACACUGGGUACCUUAGAGACCCAGAAUCGACAAUCAUCGAGUGCAUGGCAGAAUUAGAGAAGCGAGUGCAGCAUGUUGAAGAAUCCCUCCUAAGCCAGAAUCCGUGGAACAACGAAAUGCACCGAAAGGUGGCACAUAUCAUGGAUGUUGUCGAAAUGAUGAGGAAAGACGUGGCUGCGCUGAAAGAAAAAGUUGGAAUGAUCUAG